AUGUUUCCUCUGGGCACCAUUAUCGUUGUUGGAAUUCAAGGGGGAAGAGCACAAUGUUAUACCUACAGCCAGUACCCUAUACCUAUUGAAGUUCCAUGGACGAAGGAGUUGUGUAACUCUGUUCAACUUAUUGGAAACGUUGGUACUCUAGUUGAAUUUAAGCAACUUAGCUCCGGUAAAUUCCUCGCUUGGUGUCGCCUUGCCUUCAAAAAAUCGUCUACCUAUACUACCUGGAUCAAUUUAACAUUUUGGGAUGAUUUGGUACAUAUUGCUUCUCAACAUGUGGAGAAGGGACAACAAAUAUACGUAUCGGGUUGUAUUGUUUCAGAUACAGUUGAUAGUGAUGACGAGAAACAGCAAACCUACUAUAAGGUAGUUGUUCAACAAUUGAACUUUGUUGAAAGAAGCCCACCUUCUAAUGACGAAGAAUUUAACUACAACUCCAACUCCACCACGAGCUCCAUGACAACAGGAAGAGGUGGUAUGGCUGCUAAAGUAAAAGCUGCAGCUUACUGCAAGCUUGUAGAACUAUACAACAUUCUUUAA